AUGGCGAGUAAUCUCCACACUGGACGACACUAUACGUCGUGUGCAUUAAUAUUCCCUGACUAUGCGACGGAAUAUAAAGCUUACUAUCCCGCUGAUUCAUUCGGUUAUACGGUCCUUUCUAAAGCAACCAAGUUAGGGGAAAGAUUAGCAUUGCAGGAAUGGCGCUGGGGACAGACUACGCCUGAAUUAUUCGAAUUUUUGUCGUCCAAACAGCUCAGACUCGGCUCCAUCUUUUAUAAAAAACGUGCGCCAAUAUACGGUGGUGUUAAGAGCUUUGCAAAUGAAGUCAAACCACAUAUCGGCUUUGUCAAAGGAAGUAAUAAUAUUACUGUUGGGUUUGUCGAUCUAAGUUUACUCUUUGGAGUUCAUAUCGAGAAAGGAAGGUUUGAUGCGAACGGAUAUGCAGUGGCAAAGACCAAAGUCAUAUUGGCUAUGAUGAAAAACGACGUGCCUGCACUCAGUAUUCUUCAAGUAUGGUAUUCAUCGGUAUGGACAACUGCAACGUUCGAUUACUUUCAACAGGCAGUGAAUAGUCUGAUUCAACAAGACAAUAAUCCAACCGAUUCAGCUGAUAAGAUUUACCUUCCUCAUUCACAAGAUGAAGUUAUUGGUCAUAUUAAGUAUUGGUCGACGGUUGAGAAGGGUGAUCCGCGAUUGAAAUUAGAGGCAGCUCAUUCGAAAUGGGUGGCACAGUGUCCACCUACUUCUAAUUGCUACUAUAUAGUUAACAACCUAUGUAAACCACGAGAUCGUGUUGAAUUUGCAAGGAAUAUUCUAACAGGAGAGCUUUCUCGACCAGAUUGCAAAGCCACGUCAGCAAAGGGCAAGAAGAAGAAGAAUCAAUCCAGGAAAACCAACCAUAUGAGCAGAUUUGGUUGCCAGAAUAGCGAUUUGCUAGGAAGUGUUACAAUGUUUGCUUGUCUGAAUGGUUAUGAACCACACGGUUCUAGUGAAGUAUUGUUCAGUGGGAUUCCCAUGGAAAACAUUCUAGCGAUGUAUAACAGUGAAACCACGUCAUUGCUCAAUGCAGUUUACGAGUUCUUGGAAGAAAAUAUUAACAAAAUAAAAACAUGGCUAAACGGUACUAACCGUCAGGACAGUCGCUGGAAUGUCGCUAGCUCUUCUACUUCAACAACGACCUCGAAAACAAAGCGUGCAUCUUCUCGAGUUGUUCCAACCAAAAAGCGCAUUCUCAAAAUCUCUCUUUACAAGGCUGAAUUGACAACUGCUGAUUGCUCUUGGCUUUCGCGUAAUCGUUUCAAACCAUAUGCGGUUAUAUGGAGCAACGUCUGCGACUAUUGCACCAAGAGUGAUUUUCAUACAAUAGCGCGAUCGCUUUCUUGUCCUUGGACAACACACACUAUGCAUUCGAUGAACUGGCCCAGGCAGACUUUCGGGGCUAUGAUUAAUGAUCUUCCAGAUAAUGAGAUUAGAGCUGAAUGUUUGGCAGAGGCGAAAACCGUUGUUCGCACGAUGGGAUCAAUGCUUGAUAAGAGUGGGUAUUUCGAUUAUCGGAAUUUGAAGGAGAAUCCAAGCAAUAUUGGCGAUUAUUUCAUGGCACAAGUGACACAUGACGAUUGGUUAAGUUAUUUCUUUGAGAAUGUGGAGACUGGAAAUGUGGAGAGUAAUUGCAGGCCUUUUCUUGUUACUUCGACGAAUGUUAUGACUGUAUACUUUGCGUGGAGUUACAACAGAAGACUAAAGACAAGAUUUUGCGAUAGGUUCAAAUGA